AUGCAGAGCUACAAUGCACCCCCACUGCCGAGCAAAGACGAACCCCCGAAUACACCGGACAGCUUUCUGAACACCUGCGUCACUGUCGUUGCAAUCUUGAUUAUGAUCACACUUAUUGUCCUGGUGAUCAUACUUCUUCGAUGCUUCAGCGGCAAAGAUGACUGCAAGAAGUCCGAAGGUCCCUACAAUCCGUACAGCAACACCACCCUGACCUGUGAAUCGGAGGAAUGCAGGUCAUACGCCGGCUUAAUGCGGGCAAACCUGAUCUCAUUUCUUGAGCCCUGCGAAGAUUUCUACGAAUUUGUGUGUGGCGGCUGGAUGAAGACGGCCAAGGUGCCUCCGGACGAAGUCAUCGAGAGCGUCUCAUCCGAAGUUCGCCGCCGAGUAGAGGACGAAGUUACCGAAAUUUUGAACAACACAGUAAUAUCAUAUCGUGACCAAACAGCGACACAAAAGGCCUCGGCGUUAUACCAGGGCUGUAUUAACAUCGAUUUGAGGAACAGCAAAGGCACCAAGCCUCUCGAAGACUUGCUCACCUACUUCGAGCUCCCGCACUGGCCCAUCUUGAAUCGAACGGCGCAGUUCAGGAUUUUCUCCAUCCUCGGCAACAUCGUGCGUGACCUGGGCAUGGACGCUCUCAUCUCCAUUAAGGUCGGCCUGGACUACCAUAACAGCGACCGCUACCUGAUCUACAUUGGGCAGCCAUCUUUUGGCGUGGAGCCGGUAGUGCUCCGCGGUAGGUUUCGUUCGCCGUUCUUUCGUAUCCUGCACCGGUACAAGCUCUACAUUUACCGUUGCGCCCUGCUUCUGGGCGCCAAUGUGGCUGCGGCCGACAUCGUCAACGAAAUUGUUGCUUUUGAGACAAAACUGGCGGCGAUAUCUGAACCGACUGAUGCUGUCAACAACCCUAAGCGUGUUUACAACCUCCAGGCACUCCGGACUCUGGAAGUCGCCAUCCCUGAGAUCCGAUGGACUUAUUUUCUCAACAUCGUGCUGAGAGACGUAGGCGUUUCUCUGGAUCUCAACGACCACGUUGUUGUAAUGCACCCGCUGUACCUGAAGAGGCUUUCCCGUCUACUCAAGGAUAUCCCCAGCGCGGCUGUCGCCAACUACUUGGGCUGGCGCAUCGUCCAGAUGAUGGGAGACCACACGCUGGACCGCUUCAGGCGCGCCAGGUUUCGCUUUGAUCGAUACCGCUACCUGAUUCAAGACAUCGCUGACCUGCCGCGAGAAUGCGUACGCCUGACCUCCAACCUCUUGUACUUCGCCGUGGGGAGACUCUAUUUCGACCGACACAUAUCGAAACCUGUGGAUCGUUACCGAAAGGUGUACGAUAUGGGCGAGGAGCUUCGCGACGCAUUUGCGGUCCUCAUCGACAUGAACACCUGGAUGGACGAAGACACCAAGGAGAGGGCACGGCAAAAGCUUCAUCACGUUCAAAUGAACGUCGGCUUUCCUCCAUGGAUAAAAAGUGACCGGGACCUCGACGACUACUACAAAGAGGUUCCAGAUUUACGGAAGGAAGAAUACUUCAUCAGUCUUCUUCGAACCAUGAAGGUUCACAACCGCAUUAUGUACGGGCGUCUGAGACGAUACAAGAGAGCCGAAGAUUUUGGGUGGGUUCCCACGGGACUAUCGAACACAAUGUACUACAGUCUUUUAGGCAAUUACUUGCUGCUCCCGAUUGACUACGUUCAGUUCCCGUUCUUUCUGAUUGACAUGCCUCCGCCAAUCAACUUCGGCUCGCUGGGCUCCAUCAUGGGGCAGCAUCUGACCUACGGCUUUGGAGAACAAGGCGCGCUCUACGACGAGCGCGGGAAGCUGGUGGAGUGGUGGUCACGAGAGACGCACCGCAAGUUCAUCACAGGCGCCCGCUGCCUCGCAGAGCAGUACGACCAGUUCAGCAACCCAAUCACCGGCCAGAAGCUGAGCAUCAACGCCACCCUCGAAACCAGUGUUGCCGACAACGCGGGUCUACGCCAAGCGUUCAAGGCAUACCGCGUCUACAUGACGAAGUAUGAGGAGAGGUACGGUCUCUAUAGUGUACCCGGAAUGGAGCCUUGGACAAUGGAGCAAAUUUUCUUUAUCGCUUAUGCCAUGUCAAAAUGUGAGGUUGCAAGGAAACGGUCCAUGUUCUUUUACCUGCGCCCUCGGGACCAGAUACCAAGUCGGUUCAGGACCAUCAUCCCCUUGAUGAACUUCGAAAGGUUCGCGGAAGCGUUCAGCUGCAAACCUGGCACCAUCAUGAACCCGGAGCAGAAGUGCAUUGUCUGGUGA